AAUUCGGUUAGUAGACAUGAAAACUCUGUGCGCACUUUUUCUCGCCCUGCUGUUGCCUGAGGGGCUGUUAACUCAGAAGUGUGGAGAGUCGGUGGCAAGCAGAAUCGUCGGUGGGACCAAAGCGAAUACGAAACAAUAUCCAUACUACACAGGUCUAAUACGCAAGCAUAACUUCAAUCGUACGAUGUCUCUUGCUUGUGGAGGUUCAUUAAUUAGAUCAAAUAAAGUUUUGACGGCCGCUCACUGCUACGACAAGUCGAAAACAUAUUGGAUGACUGAGUAUGUAGCAGUAUUCGACAUACAGGACAGAUGCAACCGCCAAUAUGGUGGUUCCAGCGACAUAAUACAUGUCGAAAUGCAUCCUCUGUGGAACACAAAUACGUUCAAUUGUGACUUAGCCAUCGCUACGCUCAAGGAUAACGUUCAGUACGACACAAUAUGUCUUUCACCGAAAGGUUACAACAAUUAUCCGACGUCGGCCUACAUAAUCGGUCUCGGAAGAACACACGAAAAUGGCUCGGCAGCAACCGUUUGCCACUUGUUGCAAAUUUAUAUCACGAUCUUUACUAGGGAUACAUGCUUGACAACAGAUAUGGCGGGAAUCGUACAACGUCGCGCCGGUAUCGUAUGUGCGGGUGAUUUAGAGGGCACGCGCAGCUCCUGUCAGGGUGAUAGUGGAGGACCGUUAAUAAGGGUUGAGAGAGACGUUCAUUAUCUGCAAGGAAUUGUCUCUACCGGUGUCGGAUGUGGAAGACGAAAUUCACCGGGUAUAUACUCCGAUGUAACCGCCCACAGGAUUUGGAUUGACCGAGUACUUAAAAAAGCAUCUCAAACCAAUCCAGCGUCUGGUGCUAGGCCAACAGACUGGGAAGAAGGCCAGUUGUUAAACAUGCCAGGAAGACGGUUCAUCGCGAUUUUCUCCAUCUGCCUUGCAGCCCUUUCGACUUACGCCCAGUUCACGGACUUGGGCUCUUUAGGCGGCUCCCCCUUUUUUCAGGAGCAGUUCCGAUGUCCAUUUUGUUAUUGUGGUCGUACGAUGAGGGUUGAAGAUGGAUGGGGUAGAAUUGUCGGUGGGUGGCCGACAAAGCCUCGUGAAUACCCCUGGAUGGUGGCACUAGUCACAAAAGAGAAAAACCGAUUGUUUUGCGGCGCUUCAAUUAUCUCGGAUAUUUAUGUUCUCACGGCUGCACAUUGUGUAAGAGGGAAAAGACGUACAGAAAUACAAGUUGUUUUGUCAGAUGGGGAUCACGUCGACAUGGAACCAGGAAUGGCAGAAAGGAGAGACAUUGCAAGGAUUAUAGUACACAAAGAAUUUCACCAGCCGAGAAGGUACAACAAUGACAUUGCCCUGCUAAAACUUACCUCCGCAAUAAAAAUUGGUUUCGAAAGGCCUCCAGUUUGUUUACCCAUUCCAGGCCACAGUUUUGCCGGUGACAUGGGACGGGUGCUCGGUUGGGGAUUGACUGCCGAGAACGGUACGAAAUCAUCUUGGCUACAAGAGGCUUCUGUGCCCAUCCUCAGCAGCAAGAGUUGUUCAUCACUUUCUGGGUUCAUGUCGAUCACUCCUGGGAUGAUGUGCGCCGCCCCACUCAGCGGAGGCGUCGACGCGUGCCAGGGCGACAGCGGUGGGCCACUUUUAGUUCAAGAAGAUGACGGAAGAAUUGUUAUAGCGGGAAUCGUCUCUUGGGGAAUAGGAUGCGCGAGACCGAACAAACCUGGGAUUUACACACGCGUUAAUCAUUACAUCCAGUGGAUUGUGGACCAUACAAAAGAUGGUUGUUAUUGUUUUUAA